CUGACACUCAGUGAGUGAGAGUCGGCAUGGCUGGGCCCUGGGAGCCGCUCACAUAGAGCCCGGGGGGCCACCUGGCAGGGUACAGCGCCAUGCACCGGCCGCAGUUGUGAGCAUUGCUGUGGAAUGCGGGUGUGGAGGAGAACGCCAUCCAGCUAAGGGGACGUCAGAUCUGGGGAAUAACAACCAGUGAAUCCCACAAAAAGAAAGGGGGGCGAUGACUUGGGCUGACUGUACAACGCUCCAUGUUUCUGUGCUGGUGUGAUCUACGAAAGAAAAACCCACGGCUGCUUCGUUUAAAAACAACAGAAAAACUGAGCGGAAUUUGCUGCCCUGAGAGUGAUUUCUGGUCUGCAAACUUUCUUUUUCUUUUUCUCCACGCAUAUUGCAAAUCUUCCCAUAAUCAUGAUGUUUCGGGAUCAAGUAAGCCUGCUGUCGGGAUGGUUUAAAGGCUGGAAUGAAUGUGAACAAACCGUGGCUCUUUUAUCUCUGCUGAAACGGGUGAGCACAACCCAAGCGAGGUUUCUCCAAAUCUGCCUUGAUCAUUCCUUAGUAGAUUGCACAGAACUGCACAUACUUGAAGGCGAGGCCAAUAAUCCAGCGAUCAUUAACCAGUGGCAGCACGAUUGCAAGGACAAAGUAAUAUCUCAGCUGUUAACCCACCUGCCUUUAUUAAAGCCCGGAAACAUGGACGCAAAAGUGGAAUAUAUGAAAUUAUUGCCCAAAAUCCUGGCUCAUUCAAUAGAACACAACCAGCAUAUCGAAGAGAGCCGGCAGCUCCUGUCCUACGCCUUGAUUCACCCAGCCACGUCCCUUGAUGACCGUAGCGCCUUGGCAAUGUGGUUAAACCACCUCGAGGACCGGACGUCGGGGAAUUUUGGCGUCCAAAGCCGCUGUCGCUCUGACUCCUUGGAUUAUGGACAGAUGCAUUAUUACCACCAAAGACAGAACUCCGAUGAUAAGCUGAACGGCUGGCCGAACGCUCGAGAUUCGGGGAUCUGUGUCAGUACCUCCAACUGGCAAGACAAGAAUGCGGCAUGUGAGAACGGACAUUUGACACUCUACUCCUCUUCCUCCGUCCCUGCAACUAUCAACGCUAUCGGAACAAACACGAGCACAAUUCUCUCAGGACAGACACACCACAGCCCUUUGAAAAGAUCGGUGUCCCUUACCCCACCUAUGAAUGUGCCAAACCAACCGCUAGGACAUGGGUGGUUAUCUCAUGAGGACUUGCGAGCCCGAGGAAACCAGGGGAUCCCGUCCGAUCACGCUCCCCUGUCUCCACAAAGCAGUGUUGCCUCUUCAGGAAGCGGUGGGAGCGAGCACUUAGACGAUCAGUCUGCAUCACAUAAUACAUUCCAAGAUGAAGGCAGCGGUAUGAAAGAUGUUCCUGCCUGGCUUAAAAGUCUUCGUCUACACAAAUAUGCAGCUCUCUUUUCCCAGAUGACGUACGACGAAAUGAUGUUACUUAACGAAUGUCAACUGGAGGCACAAAAUGUCACCAAAGGUGCGCGACACAAAAUAGUCAUCAGUAUCCAAAAACUGAAAGAGCGACAUAAACUCCUGAAAUCUUUAGAACGGGACAUCCUAGACGGAGGAAACCUACGUGGUCCACUACAAGAACUACACCAGAUGAUCCUCACCCCAAUCAAAGCUUAUGCCUCACAGAGUCCCAGCUCUGAGGAACAUCCGCGGGAAUGUGAACCCCAGCCAAUCGGCACAGAUGGUCAAGCUUCAGCUUCAGAGAACAAAGAUGACGCUUCUGGAGGAAUCCAGCAGCAUCAUUUGGGGAACUGUGAAAGUGAGGGUGGAGGUGUCCCAUUACCAGAAGGUGACCUUCCAGGGCAGUUUACAAGAGUCAUGGGGAAAGUUUGUACUCAGCUAUUAGUGUCCCGUCCUGAUGAAGACAAUAUUAGUUCUUAUUUACAAUUGAUCGACAAAUGCCUUAUCCAUGAAGCAUUUACCAAAACGCAGAAGAAGAGAUUGUUGUCAUGGAAACAGCAAGUACAGAAGCUGUACAGGUCUUUCCCUCGGAAAUCCCUGAUGGAUGUCGCUGGAUACCGGCAGCCCAGAAAUAUUGAUGUCUUCAUUGGCAGCCGAGGCUUCGGGCAAUCCAACUCCUUGCCGACAGCUGGAUCUGUGAGUGCAGGAAUCGCCAGAAGGAAUCCCCGGCAGUUCCAGAUCCCCAGCCGAAAUCUUGCCAGUAGUCGGCUUGGCGUAUUGGGCCCUGGCAGUCUCCUGGGAGCAACGCAGCGGACCGCAGCGACCAGCCCUGCAUUACUUAAACAAGGGAGGCAGAAUCUAUGGUUUGCAAAUCCUGGGGGAAGUAAUAGCAUGCCGAGUCGAACUCACAGCUCAGUGCAGAGAACGCGAUCGCUGCCGGUCCAUACAUCGCCACAGACGAUGCUAAUGUUUCAGCAGCCAGAUUUCCAGGUUCCGGUGACGGAGCCCGAUAUUAAUAACCGUCUGGAAUCCUUGUGUCUGAGUAUGACGGAACAUGCGCUCGGUGAUGGCGUUGAUAGAACUUCUACAAUCUAGAUGCUGAAGGUACUUUGUGAGCGCGCUGGGCGUGACACAGAGAACUGCAGGUCCGGAACCGCCGAUUCCCCCCCCUGGAAACGCCAAACAGAAAUUUGCCUUUUUAUUUCAUAUUAUUUUGAAAGAUGACAAAAAAGAGAAUGUGAAGGCAGAAGCUGUGCUUGAAGAGGAGUUUCAAACGUGGUCAUUUCUGAUUGUCAUAAAUAUCUUGUUUUUUGUGCGAAUGGUUUCCUGAAUGAAAAGCGUUGUGUUCUGAACAAGGAAACCAUUAAAUGCCGUCAGAGGCCAGAUACACUACUGUCCCAUUAUUCUGGGUACAGCGUGUGUGACCAAAGGCAUGGAAAGGGGUGAUGCUUUGCAUUGCUUAUUUUAAUUCUAUAUAGUCUGUUUUUGUGCUAUUUAAGUUAGGAAUAUUGCCCCCCUCCCCCAAUACCCCUUAUGUUUACAUAACAAGCAACUAUUAUGGGUACAGUAAUACUUUCAGAUAUGUGUUCUUUAUUUGAAAUGUCUCUAUUAUGUUGUCGUAGCUUUUCAAGCAGCCGGUUUGCAUAUUGUAGCGGUCCGCAGAUUGGAUACGCACGUCGGCUUGUGUUUAGAUACCAGCUGUGAUAUCGGGUUUGAGGACGUGGAUCAUGGGAGAGGGGGUGCAGGGAGAGAGACGAGGUGCACAGUGUGCUGGUGGGUCUGGACCCCUUGUUGGUGGAUGUUUAAAAGAACGUUCGAGACAGGAGGUGGAAAGUGAUUAGUUUUUGUUUUUUAUUCUUUCUGCUCAUCCACUAACCAUUUCAGUGCUGUAGUGGUGAAUCCUCCUCGAUUGCAAGUCUCACGUGAUAGAACUGGAGAAGAGGAAGUCUUUUUGGAUGAUGCUGAUUUUUAAAUUCAUUUUUAUACAAAAGGUAAUUUUUAGGUUUUAUUUUUUGAUUGAUGAUAUUUGAAGGUUAAACAUUGACAAUCAAAAAGUGCUUUUAUUAUGUGAUCGAUUCCGUACAGAACGAAAUCUAUUCGUGUUUAUAAUGUAGCCAUCAGUGCUACGUUACAGAAUCUUCCGUCACAUGAUAACAUUUCUUUUUGAUCGAUUGUGUCUCUUUAAAGUAACCAUUUGUGAACAAGACCAUCUUCUC